AUGGAUUGGCCAUUGAGGCAAAAAGUGGGUCUUGGAAUAGCAAAAAGACUUGCAUAUCUUCAUUCAAGUUCUGCUGUUGGAAUUCCUAUUGUUCAUAGGGAGUUCAAAUCGACCAACAUUCUGCUCGACUCUAGCUACGAAGCAAAGAUAUUUGAUAACUUAUCGAAAAUACAAGAAGGAGUGAAAUCUGGGUCAGGGCCAAAGAGGAAUAUAAGGCUGCUCAAGGCUAAUUACGUAAAGGAGUUCACUUUCUUGGGUCAAGGUGAGGACCCACUUGAUAUCAGUAAGUGUUUUCUUGAUCUCAACACUCUUCAGGCCAGAGAAGACUCUGCUAUCAGACAAGCAGAAAUAGAUGCUGAGAGGAUUGGAGUUGGUGUCAGUGCUGAGGCUCAGAGUAUUUUUGAUGCAUUGGCUAAGACGAAAAUACAAGAAGGAGUGAAAUCUGGGUCAGGGCCAAAGAGGAAUAUAAGGCUGCUCAAGGCUAAUUACGUAAAGGAGUUCACUUUCUUGGGUCAAGGUGAGGACCCACUUGAUAUCAGUAAGUGUUUUCUUGAUCUCAACACUCUUCAGGCCAGAGAAGACUCUGCUAUCAGACAAGCAGAAAUAGAUGCUGAGAGGAUUGGAGUUGGUGUCAGUGCUGAGGCUCAGAGUAUUUUUGAUGCAUUGGCUAAGACGCUCCCUGUGCGCUGGGACAAGACCAAUAUAGUUGUGAUGAAUGAAGUGCGUGUAAGCAGUCCGUAUCUGCCUGAGAAUGUUACUGGAGGAACUCCUGCUGCAAAUGAACGGGUGCGGAAAGUGCUGGAAUUUGAGAAAAAGAGGUUGCAAGCUCGCAGUGCUGGUCAGUGA